GGAUUGCGCCUGUCACUUCCCAAGAUGGCGCGCGUGUUGAAGAUGGUCAGUGUGGCGUCUGUGUGCGCCGGAGGGCUUUUUCCCCUACUUUCGGCUUUUGGUCCAACAGUUCGAGCUUUUACCACCUCACAGUCCUCACAUCGAGCGGCAGGUACUGUGUGGACCCUGGGGCGCCUCAAUCAUGUGGCCGUAGCAGUGCCCGACUUGGAAAAAGCCAGGGCAUUUUAUCGGGACGUUCUGGGGGCCCAGGUAAGCGAGGUGUCCUCUCUUCCUGAGCACGGAGUAUCUGUCGUUUUUGUGAACCUUGGAAACACCAAGAUGGAGCUGCUUCACCCCCUGGGAAAUGACAGUCCCAUUGCAGGAUUUCUGCAGAAGAACAAGGCUGGAGGAAUGCAUCACGUCUGCAUUGAGGUGGAUAAUAUAAAUGCAGCUGUGAGGGAUUUGAAAGAAAAGAAGAUCCGCAGUCUGAGUGAAGAGGCCAGAAUAGGAGCCCACGGGAAGCCCGUGGUGUUUCUCCACCCGAAGGACUGUGGCGGCGUCCUCGUGGAGCUGGAGGAAGCCUGAGCGGGGCUCGGAGAGGCUAAGCUGGUGGCCGAGUCACUGCCAGUGUGUCCUGAGCGUCCACUCCUUCGCGCCUCUGUCUGCCAAUCACAGAGUGGGAGUCAGAAGUCUAGAUAUGUGUAUAUUACGCACGCACAUAAUAGAUAUACGCGCAUGUGCGUGUGUGUUGAUUACUUUGGGCUUUUUCCUGAUUUGGAGAAAAUUUUGAUUACUGAACACCCAGGGAAUAUUAUUAAAAUCAUAUUCAUGGAAAUAAAUUAUUUCUGUUCUCAGAUAGGAUGAUGGAGUGCAUUAGCUG